AUGAGGGCUGUGAGCAGCGCUUCUAAUGGAACGAGUGGUAGCGCAGAUAAUGGUGCCGAUGAUACGAUUGAGCAUCCUGACGGGAAGGGGGAACCUCCUUUCUCGGCUCUGGAGAAUGCAAGGGUGGAGUGGGAAGAUGCAAUUAAAGAGGAGGAAGAGGCCAGGGAGCACAGGAGCAAGUUAGAAGAAGCGGCGCAAGCGGUUGCAGAGAGAGCGGUCCUUUUGAAUGAGGAAGCUGCAAGCAAGCAGGAUGAGUGCGAUGCAACAGCUGCCAAGCUGGACGAGGUCGAAAAGGAGGUGACUAUGGCGGCCCGCGAGGUCGGCGAAGCGGAAAACGCCCUCGAGCUGUCCGAGUCUGCGCUGGCCAAGAAAGAGGAGAGCAUCCAGAGCUUGCUGGAAUCGCGCAGACUCUCUGAUGCAGCAGACGCAGAGCCUAUCCGGCUUGCUGCAGAAGUGUCGGAAGCGUUUGUCCCAGCCACAGCAGUCGAAGAACUAGAGGGGGCAACAUUGGAGGACGGCAAGCUGGACCUGGGAGAGGGUUUAGUGGUCCCCAUUGCAGAGCCGGUUGAGGCAGUGGCGGAUCUCGACAGUCACGACAUUGCGGGUGACAGCUUAGAAAGCGUAGAAACGAGGCCGUUGGAGCCUCAUGCAGACGAUGAGUCCGAGUCCGAGUCUGAGAAGGAGGAACCAGAGCCAGAGCCAGAGCCAGAACCAGUGGACGCCACCAUGGCCGCACUGCAGCAAGAGCUGGAGACAGAGAGGAUGAAGGUGGAGGGGCGGAGGGCGCAACUGAGCGCUGCGCAGGAAAGACUGGGUGAUGCUUCAAAGAGGCGGGAGGAGCUGGCGAAGCAGGUGGCCCAGCUGAGGACCGAGGUGGACGAGGCAAAGAGAAUCGCCGCCGAAGCUGAUGCAGAAACGAAGCAAGCCAUGGACCUUGCCGGGGCCGCGGUCGAGCGCGAGAUGGAUGCACAGAGCAGCGUCAGCGCGGCGAAGGCUGCCUUCCUGGACGUCGAGAAACUCGUCGAGCAAGCCACAGAAAGAAUUGCGCUCUACAAGUCUGCGAAGAAAGUCAAGGGAGACGGGGAAGUGGUGGAGAUUCAGAUCCGGCCCGAGGAUGAGGAAGAAGCCGCAAAAGCGGUGAAGGCGAUCCAGGAGGCGAUUGUCGAGAGCCCGAACGUUUUAGCUGUGGCGGAGACAGCAGCUAAGGCGAUUGAGGCUAAGGCGGUUGCGGUGGUCGAACAGGAGGUGCAAAUAUUGAAGGACCAGCCGGUUACAGACAAAGUGAAGGCCGCCGCAGUUGCUCCGCCGGCGCCGAAGGUGGUCGAAGCUGACCCUGACACCGCUACCAAGCCGAAGAAGCCAACCUCUGUGGCAGAGAAGGUCCUGUUCCGACUGACCGCCAUGGUGCGGCGUAACGUACCUGGGGUGUGUGUGGCAUUGGCCCUAGCAGUCGCAGGGACCCUCUGCAUCCACCCACGGACACGUGUCCUCCUCCCGGAGCCGCCACGUGUCGUCGCCGUCCAGGCCAACCGGGUGUACGACGUCACGACGCGAGUGGUCGAGAAGCUACCGGAACAGGGGCGCCAGGUCAUGGCGACUCUGGGCCUGGAUAAGGAGCACGCGGAAGAGAAGACGCUCAAGGACGCGCUUGUGCUGCUGCUGUUCGGGUUGAUCGCCGUGCUGCUCUUCCAGAAGCUGCCCGGGAAGUCUCCGUUGCUCGGGUACCUGGUUGCUGGCGUCAUCAUCGGGCCUCAUGGCCUGGGCCUCGUGAAGCACAUUCAUGCCACGGAGGCACUCGCAGAGAUCGGCGUUGUCUUCCUCCUCUUCAACAUCGGGUUGGAGUUGUCCAUUGAGAAGAUCCUGAACAUGCAGAAGCUCGUUUUCGGGCUAGGCGUUGCCCAGGUCCUCCCCACCAUCGCCUUCACUGGCGGCGUCGCCCACUACUUGUUCGGGAUGGCCGUCCCCGCAGCAGUGGUCGUGGGCGCAGGGCUCGCCCUCUCGUCCACCGCAGUUGCGAUCCAAGUUCUGCGGGAUAAAAACGAGAUUCAAACCAAGCACGGGCGGGGCGCUUUCGGAGUCCUGCUCUUCCAGGAUCUCUUCGUGGUUCUGUUGCUGAUCAUCAUCCCGCUCAUGUCGCCCAAGAGCCAGAGCUCUGGGCUGGGGCUUGCCAAUGUGUUCCGGCAGUUGGGCAUUGCCGCCUUGAAGGCCGUGACGUUCGUCUCGCUCAUCGUCGUGGCGGGUAGAAAAAUCUUGCAACCCAUCUACAAGGUGGUCACAAACAGCCGCAACCCCGAGAUCCUCGCCUCCACCUCGCUUUUCCUCGUCCUUGCCGUCAGCUUCGUCACACUCAAGGCUGGCCUUUCCAUGGCUCUUGGCGCCUUCAUCUCGGGGCUGCUCAUGGCGGAGACCGAGUUCGCGCUCCAAGUCGAGUCCGACAUCUCCCCUUACAAGGGUCUCCUCCUCGGGCUCUUCUUCCAAACGGUCGGCAUGGCCAUCAACCUGCGCCUCCUCGCGGCCCACCCCGUCACCGUCUUCGGCGGCAUCGCCCUUCUCCUCGUCGGGAAGACCGCCAUUGUUGCGGGCGCUGGGCGCUACUUCGGGAUGAGUCUCGUGGCCGCUACUAGGGCCGGUAUGAUGCUCGCUCCGGGGGGCGAGUUCGCGUUCGUGGCCUUCAAGGAGUCGGUCUCGCAGGGCAUCAUCACCAAGGACCUGUCGUCCAUGCUGUUCUUGAUCGUGGGCCUCUCCAUGGCGCUGACGCCGUUCCUGGCGGACUUUGGCAAGUGGCUGGCCAGCAAGUACGAGAAGCUGGAGACCAACAACAUCGAGACACUGCGGCCCAAGGAAACCGAGGUGGAGGACAUCAGCAAUCAUAUCAUCAUCUGCGGAUUCGGGCGAGGCGGUCAGACGGUCGCCCAGUUCUUGUCGGAGCACCUGAUUCCGUUCGUGGUCCUCGACAUGCGGGCGGAGCGCGUUGCCGCAGGGCGGGAGGCAGACCUGCCGGUCUUCUACGGUGACGCGGGCAGCGUGCACGUGCUUGAGCGAGUGGGGCUCAGCCGGGCCAAGGCGGUCGUGGUUCUGCUAGACACACCAGCAGCCAUGUACAGAACCGUGUACGAGAUCCACAAGAUGGACCCCCACAUGCCUGUGUUUGCGCGCGCGCACGACGUCGACCACGGGGUCGUGCUCGAGCGCGCGGGCGCGCGCGUCGUGGUGCCCGAGGUGCUCGAGCCCAGCCUGCAACUCGCGGCCGCUAUCCUCGGGACGUUCACUGAGAAGUGGUCGCCGAACGAGAUUGCCACGGCCAUCAACAAGUACCGGAUGCUCCAUCUUCAGGAUCUGACGAGGAGUGCCAAGGAGACCGGGACGUCUCUCGGCUACGGUUUCCGGGACUUGAUAGAAGACAACCAAGCGAAGGCCGAAGCGAAGCCCACCACAUCUGACGGGGCCCUCAAGGUUUUGGUACCAAAGGUCGCUUAAAAAGCGACGCAUGUGUCGCUCAAGGGCUAGCAUCUGGGUGCAUCCUGUUGCAUGGAUCGUUUUUGUAAAGAUUCUUUGAGGUAUCCACGAUAGAGGUGCGUGUGCAAGGUAAUAUGAGAUUGUUGCGAGGCCCAGCACGGGCGAGUGCUCUCAAUCUGGACUUGCAUAGCCUAUAACCUGUAAAUGUGAGCUUAUACGGGGAUUGUCGACCUUCCGUCUUGAGGCCUAUAAGUGACCAUAAACAAUCGUCAUGCGCACUCGCACACCUUCCAAUAUGAUUCAUAGAUACCAAGACCAGAUUAGCGCGAGUUCACCUUAGGUUUAUUUGUCCUUUGAAAUUCGCAAGGCUCCAUACGUCGACU